GCGCUUUGAUGCGGUGAGUCAUUACCAUUUGGUACUGUCAUGCGAACGGAAGUGUACCGACAGUGCCGGUGCUUUUUGCUUGUUAAAUAUAAAAUUUUUUAGCUGAUAUAGUUAUAGAAGUGUUUGAAUUCGAUUAGCAGAUCGGUACUAUUAUAAGAAAAUGGGGCAGACCAGUUCCAGAUAUCAUCUGGACGCCAAAAGUCCUUUCAAUCUUACACGGUGGUAUCAAACUUGCUGGAAACGCUUGAAUUUCUCUCAACUGAAAUCCUGGGGAUUCAUCGAUGGCAGCCUGAAGAGCAGCAUUUGUUCAAAUUCAAACUGUUCAAGUUGCUUUCAAAAUGGAGAACCGUCAGCGCAAAAUAUCUCAUCGGCGAUAGACAAUCUUGUGUCCGUGAUUGGAAACGUUGGAUUCCAAUUGGCUGUAAACAGUCUUGAGAUGGAGAACCUCGAGACAGCGAUUUUCCAUCUGAAACUGGGCGCCCGUCACCUCAAUGCCAGUGCUGUAUUCAAUUUAGGAAUCUGUUACGAACUUGGAAUUGGCGUCAAGAAGAAGUCAAACAUGGCGAAAAGGUGCUUCUAUGUGGCAUCGAACCUUGGCCAUCCGGGGGCAAUGUACAAUCUUGGCGUUUACUAUGCUCUUGGUCUCGGAGGACUGGGCCACAAUCGGAAAAUGGCGAAGAUGUGUUUCAUUGCGGCUGCGGUUUUGGGCCAAGAGGAUGCCAUUGCUGUUUUGGACCAAGGCUAUCCGCAAAUUGUACGGCAAGUGAAGGAUUUAGAGGACCAGGUUUCGCCAGAUAAUUUACUUAUUAUGGCAAUGCUUGUUGCAUUGAUGACAGUAACAAUAGCAGCCACAUCCAUUUCUCGUUUGAUUGUUUUCGAAAAAUAUCACGUUAAGAAGGUAAUACGUUCAUGUAAAAUACAUUACAAAACAGUUAUGUUCCAGCAAAAACGCCAACGUAUUUUCCAACCAAGAAAGAUGACCGGUGGGUUGAAACACUGGAUGAAAACUCGUCUUUUGGAAGGCCAACACAUCGUCGUAUGUUAAAAAUAGUAUCAUAUUUAUAUCGAUCAAAACAUUACUAUGAAUUAGAUAAAUAAAUAUUUAAACACGUUUACUACACCU